AUGGGUCAGUCAUUUGUGGCUCCCGCAGACCCCGGCGACUCCAAGAGCAGCGUGGACAGUUCGCCAAGCGGCCCGAGCGUUUCCGGACGCAGCUCGGUCCAGGUUUCGUCGCAAUCGUCUCCGGCGUCGGUAAUGAACUUGCAGUCGAAGCUGAGCCCCAACGAGCUCGAAGAAAUGGACACCGACGUGGAGGCUUUUCUACAGGUCCUGGAGCGCACGGAAGCCCAGCUGCAUAACGCCAAGGUCGUGGAGCAGCCGGAACUGGAGGAGCUCAUCCAAAUGGCAAAACAGACGGUUUUGCGCCUGAACCUGAACAAAAACCUGGUCAAGUACCAAUUGAGGAGCAACAUGGAGGAGUAUGCAACGGAGCGCCAACUUCUGCUCAAGAACAUCGCCAACAUCGAGAAAAACAUCCACAUAUUACAGAAUGAGAACGAAUGCAUAAAUAUGAAGAACCUGAAACUGAUCAAAAGCUUGAAGACGCUCAAGAACGACAAGGUGAAAGCACUCAAGGCAGAGAACGCGCUUCUACGCAAACAGAUCCAGGACCAGUCGACCCGCAGCCCGACGAUGUUGGAGGCACUGGGAAGACUGGCGUCGCACUAUGCAUUGCGGUGCACGGAUGUUAUUUCUACAUUUUUCUAUUUCCAACCCGUAGUAGCACCACAAAAUAAGUAUUUUAGCAUGGAGACUCUGGUGCUUAUUGCCAUUGUGGUGAUCCUGGCCACUUUUUUGCUGAAAAGCACGAUAUUUGCGCCCCCUCGAACCGUGGAAAUCAAUCCUGAGAGAGACGACGUGGCUGUCGAGGAGCAGGAGUUCACUCCCCGUACUUUGUACAAGUACAAUGGGUUCGAUCUCGAGCAGAUAUACAUCGCAGUGAAGGGCAAUGUGUACGACGUAUCGAAGUCCAGACAGUUCUACGGCCCGUCAGGACCCUACUCGAACUUUGCUGGCCACGAUGCAUCUCGCGGGCUGGCAAAAAACUCCUUUGACGAGUGUAAGUAUCUACCGUUUGUCCUCACUAACAAGUAG